AUGUCUGACUAAGGAACUGUGCUGCUCUGAAGUCAACAUUUUGAGACACCAUCUAACAAGGAUGCCACUGGGGCAAAAGGUUCGCUCUUCCUCAGCUUCUGGGAGAUUAGAAACCCAACAUGUGACCAGCAUCCUCUCUGAACUGAAGGAUACUGGGAGGAGGAUGAGAAACACCUCUGGGCCUGGAUGUUGGGGUGAGAUAGUAGCAGAUGACUUCUCAUCACAGAGACAAGUGAGCGAGGACAGUAAAGAGCAGCCUGAAUGGCUGAUGCGAGAGCUGCUGAAACAGAACAGGCGAAGACACUCUGUCACACUCGGAGAUAAGGCUCCGAUCAUGAGACGGCAACACCACAGUAUUGAUUCGAUUCGCAGACUCUGCAGCCUCAAGCACUCAGACUUUAUGAACUUCCUGAUUGAUGAGACGAUAUCGCUUGACAACCUCCGGAAACUGAAAGAAGCAUUUGAGGACUUUGAAACGGGUGGCUUGAGAUGCAUCGAUGCAAAGAAUUUUGGACGGAUAGUGAAGAAGUGUUUGGGUUUGCCUAACACAAGCAAUGCACAGAUUCAAGGGUUAUUUAAGAAGAUUGAUUAUUCAGGCCAAGGAAGAAUUUCAUGGGGUCAGUUCUGCACACACAUGCUGCAGGAGCACAAAGAGAAGGAGGAAAAUGCAAGACGCAGAAAGCAGGUGGCUUUUACUCUGCCUGCCGCUAUGAAGGCGUUGGGACAUGGCAUCCCCAUCAUCAACAUCCACUCCACCCAUGAUGCCACUAUUGUAACAGUGCGAGAAGAUGCUGCUGUUUGUUUCUGGAGUCCUGAGCUUAAACCCCAGAAGACCAAACACAUAUUUAAUGAAGGACCUGCUAAUAGGAAGUCAAAGUGGGCAAGUGACUUCACUCUGAUGGCAGAGUACAACAAGCUGAUGAUCGGAACAGGUGACAGAGAGAUCCAGCUUUAUGAGCUUUCCACUCUGGAGCCCUAUUGCCAGAUCAGUGCACUAGACACAGUUCCUCUGACAUUAAACUACGGCUACACUGGUCCUGAUAAAUGCUGUAUCUUGUAUGGAGACACAGAGGGAUGUGUGACUAUCAUUUUGAUAUCCUCAGCUGGAGAUACCCUCAGAUUAUGGAAUAAAUUAACAAAGGCUGAAAACAUACCCAGCAUAGCGAUCGACAACGCAGUGGUCUCUCCGAAUGUGACAUUUGUCAGAUGGAAGGUUCAUAAUGAUUGGGUGACACAGGCUAAAUAUUUUCAAAGUUUCCAAGCUGUUGUCUCCUCAUCAAAUGACGAAUCUUCUUCUCUUGUCAUAGGCUGUGUGCUGCCUUUAACGGACGCGGAGCAGCAGUUGAGUGAGAUCAGAGAGGCCUGUUAUGAAGGUAAGACCAAGAAGGUCCAACUGAGCUGGACUCCGCAGGUCCGGGCAUCAUGUGACCAGACGGUUUUCAGCAUUUACAAAGGUGUCAAGGCCUUUGAUCUUUGUGAGAAGCGCAGCUUGUUGGUCACUGGAGGCAUGGACAGACUCAUACGAAUGUGGAACCCGCAUUUUUCUGGAAAACCAACUGGUGUUUUGAAAGGCCACUCUGCUCCCAUCAUCUACCUCUGCAUCUCCUCAGAGGACAGUCAGAUCUUCUCUGUCUCCAUCGACAGCACUGUGAAAAUCUGGGAUCUUCAAGACCAGUGCUGCCUGUUUACAGCAGACCCCAAAGCGAGCGGGAUUCAUGGUGACAUAUCUGCAUGCUCGUAUUCGUCUGCUAUGAAAUCCCUUUUCAUUGCAGCAGACUGCAUGGCCGUGCUCUCCCUAAAGAUCAGGCCACAGUUUUGCAGUCGCCUCACUGUUUCACAUAAUGAGCCUGUAAUGUGCUGCGGAUACAGUGAGGAGUUUCGUCAAGUUGUCAGCUGCACUGAAGGAUCCGUGGUGAAAGUCUGGGAUUUUGACUCUGGGUGUCAGGUUUUCGAGUUUGGCGGCACACCUGAUCUGUCUGCCGUCACGUGCAUGGCGUUUGACCUCAGAGGGAGGAGACUCAUCACGGGCGGAAGAGAUGGAUGUUUGAAGAUCUGGAACUUCAACAAUGGUCAGUGCCUAAAGACACUAAAGAGGGACGGUGAAUGUCAUGAGGUGUGCGACUGCAUCUUUCUGAAAGUGCACAGGAACUGCUAUGUGAUGUCUGUCGGCCGUGACAGGAAGAUUGACAUUUACACAGACAUACCUGAGGACCUCCAUCAUGUCCAGAGGCCGAAGCCUUCGUGGCAGGAUGAUCUGAAAAACGGCCAUAAUGAGGACAUCCUUUGUGUGGCGCAGUGUCCUCCGACUCUCCUGGCUACCGGCAGUUAUGAUGGCGAGAUUAUAGUGUGGAACGUGGUUUCUGGACGUAUACAGUGUCGCUUUGUCAGUCCUCGUUCAGCUGAACACCCAAAUGUUGAAGGGCCGGACACAAGUGUUCAGAGCAUCAUUUUCCUAAAGAACCUCCAGUUGCAGCAGUUUUCCUCAGCUACAGCUCUCCUGUCCUCUGGGACCACGGGUUGUAUAAAUAUCUGGAACAUGCUCAGUGGAGGAAAGUUUGUGAGCAGCUUCAAAGCUUCUAGGUUCCAACAAAAGAUUACAAAACUGGCUAAAACAGACAAGGACACACUGCUGUACGCUGCCGACCAAAUUGGUUACAUCUAUGUUUACAACAUGAACAAGUUUGCCCCAGAGCAGAAAUUGCCAAGAGCUGAAACCUUCUGGCGCGCCCACACCAGCAGAGUUUCUGGCCUGCAGAUUGUUGACAAUGAUCAAGUGGUGCUUACCUCAUCCACAGACUACACUGUGCGCCUCUGGAGUACACGUGGAGAAUUCAUAGGGACCUUUGGGCAGUCCGAGAGCUGGAGCAUCCACAUCUCAUCUUCCUGGAUGCAUCCUGCUGUCCCCUAUGAGGUUCUGAUUCAUCCUCUCAGCAUGCCAGAUCAUGAAAUUUGGAACGUAAACACACACCUCUCUGAUGCAGUCAAUCCUGACAAGACUGAGGCUGACAGCGGGGAGCUAAAGUCAGAGACUCACAGUAAUUUGAGCCUUGCUCCAACAUCCAUCCGUGAUGUAGACAUUGAGGAAGAUUAAAAGCAUGUUUUACCCAGAGGAACACAACACUGGACCCUGUCUUGGUCAUCAUUGUCAUACAUGCUAACAAACUAUCAAACCACCGCGCUCUGGAAGGCUUUGGCACCGCGGAGUCACCAAACACCAGAGUAAGACCUGACCUCUCCCUUGCUCUUUCAUAUUGAUCCGCUCAUAAGCAGCACUGAGGAACUGGAGUCAACUGAAUAAGAUGAAACUGCAUUGAUCACACUUGGGAAACUGGGUCAUUGCAGCAUCCAUUUGUACAAAGCCAGAGCAAAGCCAAAUAAAAUAUAAUGAAAUAAUAGUGAGAAUUAUGGCUGUAUGUAAUCACAUUGAACUGGCUUUCUCAAGAAUAGACCAUGAAAAGAUGAAUGAAUGAAUGAAAGUGUGAAAACGUGGACUGCAACGUUAAGAUGCUUUGAAUGAAGAAAUUAAGUGCUUUUACACAAAUUACAGGCUUUUCUCGUUCACAUUUUGAAGCACACAACUGUCCACUUUUUAGUGUUAGCAUGAAGUGAAAAUGGGUUGGCAAAUUGUUACAAUAAGACUAGAGCAGCAGUGAUGACUUUGACAUUUAUGACUUCAGGCUGUGAAGCACAUUUUCCUCAGUAUUCCUGCCACUUAAGUGAAUCAGUUUAGUGAUUUUCUACAAAAACACGCUAAUGUGUAAAGCAAUAGGAAGAAAUCGAUCAUCGAUAUUCUUUAUAAAUUCUUUAUAAAAAACCUUGCAAAAUAUUUAACGUAAGCCUGUAAUUAUUUUACAGAUACUUCAUCCUUAAAGCACCUAUGUGAAAGACUGUCCCCCGUAGUGAUGAUAGUAGUGAGAAUUAUGACCAAACUCUGCAGUUCCUCUCAGCUCUACAAAGCUUUAUAGCAUCUUUUAGCAUAUUGAUUGGGUUUUGAGGCACACAACCUUCAGCUGCAGUUCACAUAGUGUUUUUUUGGCCACAGUCGGCAGAUGUUUGUAGCUAAAAAGCUCUAAAAUCCACCGGUAGCUCAGCACCAAACAGAAGACAGUCAAAGUUAGCGACUGGUCGGUGAACAUAGUAGCUAAAGAGGCAGAUAUUUCCCUCAUGCGAAUAUUGGACUUAUCAGCAGGAGCCAGCAAGGUUGUUGCUGUAUAUCAGUUUGAAGAAUUACUGGCUGGUAUACGGAGAAUUGAAUGUUUCUGAGCCAGCCGUCCAGACCUGAUUCUGAAAAUAUGAUUACAUUAGAGGAAAAAUAAAAUUCAUCACACAGUUUGAGUGAUAAUGGCUCUAGUUUGCAUAAAACAUUUCUUUAUCUUCAAGAUAUGAUGUAUUAUCUGUGUAAUAAAUAUUUCAUCCAUGAUCUUGUGAAGGUGC